CGCCGUCUGUUCCGGCGCCGCCAUGUCCCCGCGGGCCGCGGAGCCCGCACCGGACGCGGUUCCGGUGCCCGCGCCCGGUUCGGCCUCGCCGCGGCCGCUGUUCGGCGGCUGCUGGAGCUGCCGCUUGCUGAGCGGCGCGGGGCUGCUGAUGGCCGCCAUUUGGGUGUUCCAGGGGCCGCGCAGCACCAUGAGGAAGGGGAUCCCCCCCUCCAUGGGCGCCCUCGCCCAGAUCACCUUCGCCGCCGGUUUGGGGGCCUGGGGCAUCGUCAUCCUCGCCGAUCCCGUGGGAACGUGGCACCGCAAGCAGCCCUGAGCGGGGCCCAAUAAAAGCGCUGGGACCCCUCCUUUUCCCCCCAAAAUCUGUUUUUGGGGAGGGGGAGGCGGGACAGGACGAA